AUGUCUCAAUUCUUCUUCUUCUUCUUCUUCUUCUUCUUCUUCUUCUUCUUCUUCUUCUUUUUAUUCUAUCAGAACUUAUGGGAUGACCUGAUAUAUUUCCUUCCUUCUCUUUUCCAUCCUUUGUCACUUUUUCUUUUUCUUUUUUUCUAUUCCUUUCUCUUUCUUCGUUUUCCUUCCUCUCUUUCUUUCGUACUUCUUCACUAUAUCUUUUUGUCUUUACUUCUUUCUAUUUUACUUACUUUCUCUCUUUUUAUUCACUCGCUUGUUUCUUUUUCUCUCACCGUCUCACACAUUUCUUCGUUGUUUUUCUUUUUCGUUUUUUUUUUAUACUUUUUUUUCUUUCUGUUUCCUUCUUCCGGUUCCUCUUUCUUUUUCUUCUUUGCUUUCUUCUUUUAUUUUUCUUCUUUCUUUCUCUUUCCUUCGUCCUGUUCCACAUUUAUUUCUUCUUUGAUUUCCUCUUUAUAUUUAAUUCUUCUGUCUUUUUUUUUUUUUUUUUUUUCAAUUUUUUCUUCAUUUUUAUUCCUCUUCGUUUUCUUAUUCUUUUGUAAUUAUUUGUCUCUCUUUCUUCUCCAUCUUUUCCUUCCUCUUUCUCUUCCCACGUUUGCUUCUCUCUCAUAUAAAGUUAUCUUUCUUUUUUUUGCCUUUUUUUUAUUCUUUCUUUAUUUCUUCUUUGUAUCUCACUCUUUUCUUCUCUGUUUAUUUGCCUUGUUCUUCCAUCUUUCUUUCUUCUUCUUUGAAAUUUCCUUUUCAUUUCUAACUUCUUAUUUGUUUCUUGCGCUCCUUAAUUUAUUUUUUCCUUUCCUUUCACUUUCUUCCUUUUCACUUCUAUCUUUCCUUAUCUCUUCUCUUUCAAUCUUUCUUCUUUCUCUUCUCUUCUUUUUCUUUCUCUCUUCUCCUUCUUCUUCCUUUUUCUCUCAUCUUCUUCUUUCUCACUUCUUUUUUCUCUCUUCUUCUUUUUCUUUUUCUUCUUCUUUUUCUUUUUCUUCUUCUUCGUAUUCUUUUUCUUUCUUUCUCAUUCUGUUCUUUUUUCUUUCUUCUUCUUCUUUUUCUCCUUCUUCUUCUCCUUCUUCUUUCUCUGUUCUUUUUGUUCUUCUUCUUCUUCUUCUUCUGUCCUUCUUCUUCAUCUUUUGCUUCUUCUUCUUUCUCUGUCCUUCUUGUUGUUCUUAUUCUUGUUCUUCUCUCCUUCUUCAUCUUCUUUCUCUGUUCUUUCUUCUUCUUCUUCUUCUUCUUCUUCUUUCUCUGUCCCUAUUCACUGUUCUUUUUGUUCUUCUUCUUCUUCUUCUUCUACCCUUCUUCAUCUUCUUUCUCUGUUCUCUUCUUCUUCUUUUUCUUCUUCUUCUUCUUCUGCUUCUUCUUCUUCUGCUUCUUCUUCUUCUUCUUCUUCUUCUUCUUCUCUCUGUCCCCUAUUCACUCCCUCUUUUUCUUCUUCUUCUUCUUCUGCCCUUCUUCAUCUUCUUUCUCUGUUCUUCUUCUUCUUCUUCUUCCCUUCUUCAUCUUCUUUCUCUGUUCUCUUCUUCUUCUUUCUUUUCUUCUUCUUCUUCUUCUGCUUCUUCUUCUUCUUCUUCUUCUUCUUCUUCUUUUCUCUGUCCCUCUUCAUUCUCUGUUCUUCUUGUUGUUCGUGUUGUUCUUCGUCUCCUCCUUCUUCUUCUUCUGUUCUCCUCCUCCUCCCUCUUCUGUUCUUCUUCUUCUUUCCUUCUUCUUCUUCUUCUUCUUCUUCUUCUUCUUUUCUCUGUCCCUAUUCACUGUUCUUUUUGUUAUUCUUCUUCUUCUUCUUCUUCUUCUGCCCUUCUUCAUCUUCUUUCUCUGUUCUCUUCUUCUUCUGUUCUUUUUCUUCUUCUUCUUCUUCUUCUUCAUCUUCUUCUUCAUCUUCUUCUUCUUCUUCUUCUUCUUUCUCUGUCCUUCUUCCUUUCUCUGUUCUUCUUGUUGUUCUUGUUCUUCCUCUUCUCCUCCUUCUUCAUCUUCUUUCUCUGUUCUUCUUCUUCUUCUUCUUCUUCUUCUUCCCAUCGCUCUUUUUCUUGCUUCUAUUCCUACUUUAGUUUCAACACAAACAUUCCAAGGACAUUCUCUUCAAUCUAA